CCAGAAAAUGCUAGUGACGUCGAGAACCACAUGCUUGCCUAUAAAGAGCUUGGACAAAGUGUUCCGCCAUCUUAUUUCGUGAAAAGAGGCCGUCAAUCGCGCACGUUUGCUGAGUUUUACAAGAGAAGUCUUCUGAAGUUAUCUAAGUGAAUUUUAAACACAAUGGCUAAAGCACCCGCAGUCGGUAUUGAUUUGGGUACUACCUACUCAUGCGUAGGAGUUUUCCAGCAUGGCAAGGUGGAGAUCAUCGCCAAUGACCAAGGCAACAGGACCACGCCUUCGUAUGUGGCGUUCACAGACACCGAGCGUCUCAUCGGCGAUGCCGCCAAAAACCAGGUCGCCAUGAACCCCAACAACACAAUCUUCGAUGCUAAGCGUCUCAUUGGGCGCAAGUUCGAAGAUGCCACAGUACAAGCUGACAUGAAGCACUGGCCUUUCGAGGUUGUCAGCGAUGGGGGCAAACCCAAAAUUAAGGUGUCAUACAAGGGUGAAGACAAGACCUUCUUCCCAGAAGAAGUGAGCUCAAUGGUUCUCACAAAGAUGAAGGAAACAGCUGAGGCUUAUCUCGGCAAAACGGUGCAAAAUGCAGUUAUCACGGUUCCAGCAUACUUCAAUGACUCCCAAAGACAAGCCACAAAAGAUUCAGGUACCAUCUCUGGCUUGAACGUUCUCCGAAUCAUCAACGAACCUACAGCUGCUGCGAUUGCAUAUGGUCUUGACAAAAAGGGAGGCGGAGAACGUAACGUCCUGAUUUUCGACUUAGGAGGCGGUACUUUUGAUGUGUCCAUUCUGACCAUCGAGGAUGGUAUUUUUGAAGUCAAAUCUACUGCUGGAGACACUCACUUGGGAGGUGAAGACUUUGACAACCGUAUGGUCAAUCACUUUGUCCAGGAAUUCAAGAGGAAGUACAAAAAAGACCUCACAACAAACAAGAGAGCACUGAGAAGGCUCAGGACUGCUUGUGAGAGAGCGAAGAGAACUCUGUCUUCCUCUACUCAAGCGAGCAUCGAAAUUGAUUCCCUGUUUGAGGGUAUUGACUUCUACACUUCAAUCACCCGUGCUCGUUUUGAGGAACUGAACGCCGACCUGUUCAGAUCAACCAUGGAGCCAGUUGAAAAAUCACUGCGCGAUGCCAAGAUGGACAAAUCCCAAGUGCAUGACAUCGUACUGGUGGGAGGUUCCACCCGUAUCCCUAAGGUACAGAAGCUCCUCCAAGACUUUUUCAACGGAAAGGAGCUGAACAAGUCUAUCAACCCUGACGAGGCUGUCGCCUAUGGUGCUGCAGUUCAGGCUGCCAUUUUGCACGGUGACAAGUCUGAGGAGGUGCAAGACCUGCUCCUGCUUGAUGUCACACCACUGUCGCUCGGUAUUGAAACUGCAGGUGGUGUCAUGACCACCUUAAUUAAGCGUAACACGACUAUCCCCACCAAGCAAACCCAAACCUUCACAACGUACUCUGACAACCAGCCGGGUGUGCUCAUCCAAGUGUUUGAAGGUGAGCGUGCCAUGACCAAAGACAACAAUCUGCUAGGAAAAUUCGAGCUCACUGGCAUCCCUCCGGCGCCACGAGGUGUUCCUCAGAUCGAGGUCACCUUCGACAUCGACGCCAACGGUAUCCUCAACGUGUCCGCCGUCGAGAAGUCCACCAACAAGGAGAACAAGAUCACCAUCACCAACGACAAGGGCCGUCUGUCCAAGGAGGAGAUCGAGCGCAUGGUCAACGAAGCCGAGAAGUACAGGAACGAGGAUGAGAAGCAGAAGGAAACCAUCCAGGCUAAGAACUCCCUGGAGUCGUACUGCUUCAACAUGAAGUCGACCAUGGAGGAUGAGAAACUCAAGGACAAGAUCUCAGACUCUGACAAGCAGACAAUCCUCGACAAAUGCAACGACACCAUCAAAUGGUUGGACUCCAACCAGCUCGCCGACAAGGAGGAGUACGAGCACAAGCAGAAGGAGUUGGAGGGUGUCUGCAGCCCCAUCAUCACCAAGAUGUACCAGGGCGCCGGCGGAGCCCCCGGCGGCAUGCCCGGCGGUAUGCCCGGCUUCCCUGGCGGAGCGCCCGGCGCUGGAGGCGCUGCCCCCGGUGGCGGUGCCGGCCCCACCAUCGAGGAGGUCGAUUAAGCCAAACAUUCCAAGUUUUCACAAUUUAAGAUCUUCAAUGCUUUACCCGGUGUUUGAUACGCCUGCUCUGGUUAUUCUGAACAAAGAAUAAAUGAAACUGCAAAGCAUA